AUGGUCCAGGGCAAAACAAAGGGUCUUCAGAGCAAGGCAUCAUCAUCAAGGCAAGCUGCUAAGGCCGCUGCCAACCCGAAAAAAGGGAAACGGUACAUUCCACCCAAAAAGACCGCACUGGUCAAGCAGGCUUCCAUGAGGCAGUCACUGACGGCCAAGAUAAACAAAUCCAUCGAACAGCAAAUGGUAUCUGCUGCAUCAGCCGGCAAACUCACGAUCAUGAAAAAUGCCGUUGAUACGUAUGGCUGA